AUGCUGCCUUUAUCUAGGACAGGCACUCGCUCUCUGCGAAACCCUGGACUCAGGACGACGUCAGCGACACAUCGGAUAGCCUCCUCGCCAGUAUGGAUUCGCUCGAUUGCGCGCAACAACAAACCGAACAAUGCGCCCAAGAAACCGACGGAAUUCGGCAGACCAGUUGGAAAGCCUGCUCCAGCGGGGCCAGGAGGAGUAAAUGCAGCUUUCAACCAACCCGUACAAGGCGCAAGGAGCAGUAAUAAGUCUGGCAAACCCGAAUACUCCAAGAACCAAGAAGAGAUCAGCAAAGACGCAUCCCCAGAACGCAAUAAGAUCUCCCAAUCUGCCGCUGCGAACGCAAAAAAUGCUGGGAGCCGGGGUAAGGAGUCCACAGAGUUCUCGGAGAAGCAAGAGGAAUUCAAUACACCGGCCUCGCCUGCUGAAAACACAGCUCCUCAAUCCACAUCGCCGUCUGCUGUCGAUCCUGCAAAAACCCAGAUCCCACCCCAGCCUUUACCGGAUUUGACGCAGGGAAUCCCAUCGACGUUGGAAUUUGAGGCAAUGGGCCGCACAAUGAAGGCUCCACUGAACUUGACAGAGGCGGAGGAGCAAGAAGCUCCAGGUGGAGGAGGUAGAGGUCGUGGGGAGCUUCCGGCAUCUGCAUACGUGUCUUCGACCGAGAAGAGACGAUUGCAAUGGGCGAAUUAUAUGUACGCCGCGUUCGCUGUCACCGUGGCGACUGGGACUGUUUUCCUAGGCCGAAACUGGGAGACUGAGGAGGAGGAGCUUUCACAUCCAGAUGCGCCGUCAGGAUGGGCUGUUGGCUUGAUUUGGGCCCGUGCAAAGGCUCGAUUGGGAGACCAGCUGAACUACUACAACGAACCAGCCUUCCGGAAGCUGCUGCCCGAUUCCCAUCCCAUAUUUGAGCGCCCGUAUACCCUGGUUCUGAGUAUGGAGGAUCUCCUAGUUCACAGCGAGUGGACACGAGAGCACGGAUGGCGAAUGGCAAAGAGACCCGGAGUGGACUAUUUCCUGCGAUACCUGAGCCAGUACUAUGAGCUUGUCAUUUUCACCAGUCAACCUUGGGCGAUGGCGGAGCCUAUCAUUCGAAAGCUGGAUCCAUACCAUAUAGUUACAUGGCCGCUAUUCAGAGAGGCUACCCGCUAUGAGAAUGGCGAGUACAUCAAGGAUCUCUCUUAUCUCAAUCGUGACCUCUCAAAAGUAAUCCUCAUCGAUACAAAAGCCGAACACGCCCAGAAGCAACCCGAAAACGCCAUCAUCCUGAAGAAGUGGGAAGGCGAUCCAAAAGACACCGAGCUCGUCGCUCUAAUCCCCUUCUUGGAAUACCUUCACACAAUGGCAACUCCCGAUGUUCGGAAAGCCAUCAGCUCCUUCGAAGGCAAGCACAUCCCUACGGAGUUUGCGCGCCGAGAAGCGAUCGCCAGAAAAAAGUUCCACGAACAAAUCGCCGAGGAGAAGAAGCAGCGCCCUAAGCGCUCUGGUGUUGGAAUGUUCAGCAAUGCGCUUGGAAUCAAGCACCAAAACAUGAUGAUGGAUCCAGCAGACCAAUCACCAGCCGAAGCCUUCGCACAGGGCAAGAUGUUGCAAGACCAAGCUCGUGAGAGAGGACAACGCAACUACGAGGCCUUAGAGAAGGAGAUUCGGGAGAAUGGCGAGAAGUGGCUCAAGGAGGAAGCAAUGCUGGAGGAGAAAGCCAAGGAGGAAGGUAUGAAAGCUAUGAAGUCUGGUUUCACAAGCUAUCUCGGUGGUGGUGGCGCGAAAUAA